CAAUAGAAAAUGUACAAAUGUCAAAAUGAUGAUAUCUUAAUCAAAAAACCACGACAGAAAGGGAAAGAAAACACUAAACUCUCAAACAAAUAAGAAUAAAAGAAUAUUUCAUCAAAUUGACACGCAACAAUUCGAGUGAAGUGUACAUUUUUGUUUGUUUCUUUUUUUCGGUUUUUAUUUCAUUUUACAAUUCGCCACGAGAAACUUCAAUUGGCUAGCGAACGGACAAUGGCCUAUCAAACAGUUCUAGCCGAAUACAUGCAAAUUCCAAUCGUCACCCGAAUAUAUACAACAGCUUGUGUCAUUACAACCAUCGCAGUACAUUUAGAUAUCGUAUCACCGUUCCAACUCUACUUCAAUCCAACGCUCAUUGUACUCCAUUAUCAAAUAUGGAGACUGGUGACAACGUUUCUAUUUUUCGGGACGGUAGGCUUCAAUUUCCUAUUCAAUAUGACAUUUACGUACAGAUAUUGUCGCAUGCUGGAGGAGGGUUCAUUCCGGGGUAAGAGCUCCGACUUUAUAAUGAUGUUCAUUUUUGGUGGUGCACUUAUGACGAUUUUCGCCUUUUUUGUAAAUUUACUAUUUUUGGGACAAGCCUUCACAAUCAUGUUGGUUUAUGUUUGGUCCCGACGAAAUCCAUUUAUUCGCAUGAAUUUCUUUGGCAUUUUAAAUUUUUUGGCGCCAUAUCUGCCAUGGGCCCUACUUGGCUUCUCCGUCAUUCUUGGCAAUACAAUUUGGGUUGAUUUAAUGGGAAUGGCGGUUGGUCACAUCUACUAUUUCUUGGAGGAUGUCUUUCCAAAACAACGCGGUGGUUUUCGAAUCUUAAAAACUCCAUUAUUUUUGAGGAAGUUAUUCGACGAAGGUCCUGAGGAUAAUAGUUACGCACCACUUCCAGAAGACCGACCGGGUGGUUUCAAUUGGGGUGAAGAUCAAGCACAAAAUCCAGAUGUUCGUGAUGAAUAAACUAAACUAUCUUCUGUAAAAUAAACCGAACGCCAACUAAAUGCCACAACCUUUUACACUCUAAGUGGAAUAUACAAGAUUUUUUUUAAAAGCAAUUUUAUUGUUUUUUAUCACUGAAUGAUGCAUCGUCCGGAUGAAAAGAAACACGGUAGACGUGCACAAUUUUACCAGUUUUGUUUAAUCCAUUGAAAUGAACCAAAAAAUAAUAGAAAAACAAAAGAUGAUGCUAAAAUAUGAAUAAAUCUACGAUGAUUCCGUUUUUAUUGAA